AUGAAGGAGGCCGUGGUCGCGCUCACCAAGUUCGCCUGCACCGAGAACCACCUGCACGUAAACCACAGCAAGGCCAUCGUGGACGCCGGCGGGGCGCGGCACCUCGUCCAGCUAGUGUACCUCGGAGACCAGCUGCAGAUCGAGGCGCUCAUAUUGCUCUGCUACAUUGCGCUACAUGUCCCGGAGAACGAGGAGCUCGCGCAGGCCGGGGUGCUCGCCGUUCUCCUGUGGGCGUCGAAGCAGGCACACAUGGUGCAGGACCUGCGCGUUGAGGCACUGCUGCCGGAAGCCAAGGCUCGGUUGGAUCUGUUCCAAUCCAGGGCAUCCAGGUGA